GUCACGGGCACGGCCGGGGCCAGCGGGGCUCCGUGAGGGACAGAGGCCGGGACUGGGAGCUCACUGCAGCAUGGCAGAAGCCUCUGUCUCUCCACUGAAGCACUUUGUGCUGGCCAAAAAGACCAUCACUGCCAUCUUCGACCAGCUGCUGGAGUAUGUCACUGAGGGAGCGGCGUUUGUGGAAGCCACAUACAAGAACCCAGAGCUUGAUCAUAUAGCAACAGAAGAUGAACUAGCAAAAAUACAAGCAUAUAAAAACAAGUUGGCAGUCAUUGGAGAGGUGCUCUCGCGGAGACACAUGAAAGUGGCAUUUUUUGGCAGAACAAGCAGUGGGAAAAGUUCAGUCAUUAAUGCCAUGCUGUGGGACAAGGUACUUCCUAGUGGGAUUGGCCAUACAACAAACUGCUUCCUCAGUGUGGAAGGGACUGAUGGAGAUAAGGCUUAUCUUAUGACAGAAGGAUCAGAUGAAAAGAAGAGUGUCAAGACAGUCAAUCAGCUGGCUCACGCGCUUCACAUGGAUAAGGAUUUGAAGGCUGGCUGUCUCGUCCAUGUCUUUUGGCCCAAGUCAAAGUGUGCCCUGCUGAGAGAUGAUUUGGUUAUAGUGGACAGCCCUGGCACAGAUGUCACUACAGAACUGGACAGCUGGAUUGACAAGUUCUGCUUAGAUGCUGAUGUGUUUGUCUUGGUUGCCAAUUCUGAAUCAACUCUCAUGAACACGGAGAAACAUUUUUUCCAUAAAGUGAACGAACGACUUUCCAAGCCAAACAUCUUCAUCCUCAAUAACAGAUGGGAUGCUUCUGCAUCAGAACCAGAGUACAUGGAAGAUGUGCGCAGGCAGCACAUGGAGCGCUGUCUGACGUUCCUGGUCGAUGAGCUCAAAGUUAUUGAUCCUGUGGAAGCAAGGAACCGCAUCUUUUUUGUUUCAGCAAAAGAAGUUCUGAGUGCCAGGACACAAAAGGCCCAAGGAAUGCCAGAGAGUGGUGGAGCACUUGCUGAAGGAUUUCAAACAAGAUUUCAAGAAUUUCAGCAUUUUGAGCAGAUAUUUGAGGAGUGUAUCUCGCAGUCAGCCGUGAAAACCAAGUUUGAACAGCACACUAUCAGAGCUAAACAGAUAAUAGAUACUGUGAAAAACAUUAUGGACACCAUAAACGUUGCAGCAGCAGAGAAAAGAGUCCAAUCCAUGGAAGAGCGAGAAGAUCAGAAGGACAGGCUGGACUUUGUGAGAAAUCAGCUGAACAUUUUGACAGAAGACACCAAGGAAAAGAUCAAACGUGUCACUGAGGAAGUUGAAAACAAAGUCUCCUCUGCCAUGACUGAUGAGAUUUGCCGGCUUUCAGUUUUAGUUGAUGAAUUUUAUUCUGAUUUCCACCCUUCUCCUCAAGUAUUGAAGCUCUAUAAGACAGAACUGAACAAACACAUAGAAGAUGGUUUGGGAAAGAACCUGGCUGAGCGCUGCUCCAGUGAAGUCAACCAGUCAAUGCACCAGUCCCAGCAGGAGAUGAUUGAAAAUCUGAAACCAUUGUUGCCUUCUAGUGUUCAGGAUCAGCUCCACUUGCUAAUUCCAUGCAGGAAGUUUGAUCUUAGCUAUGAUCUAAACUGUCAUAGCCUGUGUGCAGAUUUUCAAGAGGAUAUCAUGUUCCACUUUUCUUUGGGAUGGACUUCUCUUGUAAACCGUUUCUUGGGUCUUAAACAAGCUCAGAAAGUACUCCAGGGAUUAGCAGAUCCAAACCUACAUAUCCCUCGUCCUUUAGCCAGCACCCCGUCUGCCGCCAGCCUUCCCGCCUUAACUCCCGACAGCGUGCCCCAGGAGGAGUUCAUGGUCCCUCUGGUGUUGAGUUUAGCCUCGCUGACGUCCCGGACCUCCAUGAGCAUCAUCAUUGUUGGUGGAGUGAUUUGGAAAACCGUAGGCUGGAAACUGAUCUCCUUGUCACUGAGCAUGUACGGGCUGCUGUACCUGUAUGAGAGGCUGACCUGGACCACCCGGGCCAAGGAGAGAGCCUUCAAGCAGCAGUUUGUGAACUACGCCACCGAGAAGCUGCAGAUGAUCGUCAGCCUCACCAGUGCCAACUGCAGCCACCAGGUGCAGCAGGAAAUGGCCACUACUUUUGCUCGGCUCUGUCAGCAAGUGGAUAUUACUGAGAAAAACCUGGAAAAAGAAAUAGCUAGGCUUUCCAAAGAAAUAGAUCAGCUGGAGAACAUACAAAGCACCUCCAAGCAGCUGAGAAAUAAAGCCAUUCACCUCGAGAACGAACUAGAUCGCUUCACAAAACAUUUUCUUCAAAAGAGUAAAUAAAACAUCAUUGUGAACCUUCCCGGUGCUCCUUUGUAGGGCAAAGUAGAGAUUUUACAGGUGACACUUCUAUUCUAUGAAAAUGAUUUCUAUUUUUAAUGUUACUCUGGUGACAGUUGCUGUAAAACUUGGACUCUGAUGGUGAACCAAACGGUAGAGCUGUGGUACUCUUGAGUGUUAUGUUCGUUUUGCAGAUUUUGGGUUAAAAAUUACCUUUGAACACUAAGUUUUUUGGGCACUUGACAAUAAAACCCCAAAUCCUCACUGGUUUUCAUGAGUAUGCAGCAGUGGCAAGUCUCACUUCCUGGCAUCCAGGACCUCAGACAGGAAACGAGCUUAGCCCAGCCUCCUGCUUUCAGCUGCUUAGGAAUUGUCCAGGCAUGGAGGGUGCUGGUUUUCUGUGUGGGUGUGACUUUGUUUAGUGAAGGGAAGUACAAACUGUGGCACUGGAAAGAACUCUUGAGAUGUAUGGAAGGCAGGUGCCAGUGUGCUAGCCUUGAGCCAAGAGGGCACUGAUGCCAUGGAAGUGAACCUGUUUCUGGCAGUGGGUAGAGCAGUGAUGUGGUCCUUUGCCUGUGAGCACGAGGCUGGAACCAUGGUCAGGUGCUGAGCUCAGGUGUGUCACAGCCCCAGCUCACAGCAGGGUGUGCUCAGAUGGUCUGGGCACGGUUGCUGCAGAUUGAGAAGGGGCUCAGGGUGCCAGGAGGGACCUGCAGCUCCUGUUGCUGCAUUCAGGGAGCAGGACAUGGUGAAACCCCAUCCCUCCCUCCCAGCCCCUCUGCUGGAGAACAGGUCUGCUCUAGGUCAGACUCCAGGCAGCUGUGAUGGAGUCUUUGACCUUUGCUCAACUACAGCAAAGCCUCUUUAACAACCUUCUGCUGUUGCUGACUGCAGUCAUUCAACAUCUACUUUUUUCUAACUAGACUUUUUAAAAUUAUUUUAAAAGAAAGGCCUUUUCAGAGUAUUUAUAUAUUUUUAUGGCAGUGUUAAUAUUGACUAAGUUAAUGAUUGAGCUCUAAGGUACAGGAGUUUGCUAUUUUCAAGUAACUAAGGGCUGUCUCAUCAGGAAAUAGAUGUAAGAUGUAAUGCUAGAGGCAUUAAGGGAAGACAGCACUUCCACCAGUGUGUUCAGGUGUUUGUUCUGACUGUGCAUGGGGAGUCCUGGGGGUUUGAGGGUAAGUGUGGAAUCUGCCCCUGAGAAACAGCCCAGCCUUGGUGUGGUGAGGGCAGAGCUGUGUAUCAAUGCUCUGUUUGUGGAGCAUUUGUAUUGAUGUUUGUAUCAAGAUGAAACUUUCAAUGCAUGUGUUCUACAGUUAUUUAUUAAAAAAGUCCUACCCCUG